AUGCAGGACGUUGAAACUACGAAAGUAUGAUAGGCGUAAGCUUUUUUUUUUUUUGCAAUAGAGAAGAAAAGAAAUUGCGAAAACUAUUAGCAGAUAUAGACGUUGCGAAUACAGAAAAAUUUAUUAUAUUAUAUAUAAAUAUUAUAUUAUAUUAUUAUUAUUAUAUUAUAUUAUAUUAUAUUAUAUUAUAUUAUAUUAUAUUAUAUUAUAUUGUAUGUUCGCCCCGUUCGAGGGUGGAAGCGCGAAACAAGCAAAAAAAAAAAAAAAAGAAAAAAAAAGAAAGUUAUAUACAAUAAUAAUAAAGAAAAUGAAUCUAUACGUUCGCACGCAUUAUCGUCGGUCGUCGUUGGCUGUACAUUUGCUACAGUGUACGCACACAUGUACCUAUUAUUAUCGAUGCCUGAUGACGAUAAGGACGAUAACAAUUUAAUAAUAAUAAUUAUUAUUAUUUUUAUUUGUUUUUAUCUAAUUGUAGUUUCUUUGUAACUCUUUGUGAUAUACAACUGCAAUAGUCUAUCCGACCGUUUAUUUCUUGUAUCGAUUAGCGGAACCUUCAUUAAAGGAAGACAGAGAAAGACCACACGUCUCUCCGUUCAGCCGAUCGUCCUUUCUUUUCGCGUAUGGAGACCAUGCUCUUCACCGAACGGCUACAUUUUCUCAAUUAAAAAAAAAAAUCGCUCGAUCGAGCAUGGGAAAUCGGGGCAAGACUUUCCACCUCAUGUUUCAGCUCAUUCAGAAACCGAGCUGAAAAACCGUUCCACGAAAUUCCAAUUUUCGUGCAACAACGAAACAUUGAAAUCUCCUCCGUGUCCCAGAAAAACGACCCAAACCCUAAUGACUAAUCUCUCGAAAGCCGAACACGAUACUAACAUACUCCUGUUGUGCCUGUUCUCUUUCCAUGUCUGGCCAGACCAAUUGUCGAGUCUGCCGAGUGACAUCACGUUCGAGAUUUGCACGUCGUCGUCCUCGUCGUCGCCGCCACCGCCGCCGCCGCCACCGCCGCCGUCGUCGUCAGCCACGGCGCCUUCGACGACGGCGAUGAGGAGCAGCGAGGAGACCACGUUUAACGAGGGGAACACGACGGACAGCACGUACGUCAAAUCCGAGCGAGUGGUUAGCGGGAUGCACUUCCUCACCGACCGGGAGGAGGAUCGUGGUGAUCUGUUGCUACCAAAGUCGGAGUCAGGAGAGGCCGAGCCGGAGGUCAGGAAACAGGUUGGUUGGUCUGCUGCUUUUGAUACUGCUCCGGCAGGCAGUGCACCAGCUGUGCCACCUGGCUUCGUUCGGAGGACGAGCACGAGGAGGAGGCGCAGCUUAUCGCCACGUCCUCGCGGCGACCGCACCAACAGAAACGGACAGAACACCAGGAGGCCGCUCAGAAAGCUCGCCUCGCCGCGGAUUUGA